AUGCUGUGGAGGCUGGUUCAGCAGUGGAGCGUCGCGGUGUUCCUGCUGAGCUACUCGGUGCCCUCCUGCGGGCGCUCGGUGGAGGAGCUCGGCCGCCGACUCAAAAGGGCUGUGUCUGAACACCAGCUUCUCCAUGACAAGGGGAAGUCCAUCCAAGACUUACGGCGACGAUUCUUCCUCCACCAUCUGAUCGCGGAAAUCCACACAGCUGAAAUCAGAGCUACCUCGGAGGUGUCCCCCAACUCCAAGCCUGCUCCCAACACCAAGAACCACCCCGUCCGAUUUGGGACUGACGAUGAGGGCAGAUACUUGACUCAGGAAACCAACAAGGUGGAGACGUACAAAGAGCAGCCACUGAAGACACCCGGCAAGAAAAAGAAAAGCAAGCCUGGAAAACGCAAGGAGCAGGAAAAGAAGAAGCGGCGAACUCGAUCGGCCUGGCUGAACUCGGGCGUGGCUGGGUGUUGGCUGGAAGGGGACCACCUGUCUGACAUCUCCGCGACAUCGCUGGAGCUCAAUUCACGGAGGCAUUGAAAUUUUCAGCAGAGACGUUCAGAAGACAUAUUGCAGGAUUCUGUAAUAAUAAACAUAUGG